AUGGAGAAGGAAACGCGAGUAUUCUAUGUCCCCAUAACAAAUAUUGAUAUUAUUCCUGCGGCCAAAAGUCGAUUUCGAACAAAACCUAAAAAUGUUCUGUACAUGUUCAUCAGGAACUGUUCUCGAUGCAUGAUUCUAAAAAGGGCCGUAGCAAUGGCUGCCUGCAGUGGUGAGAAGAUGGACCGCCUCCUGAUCACGCUCUGUUCCUUCCUCGGAGUCUGCGUGCUCCUGUUGGUCUGUGUUCUAUCAAGUCUUCUUCACAAACACAAAUACAUUGGUGGCGUCUCCAAGCUCAAAGAUUUUCUAUGUAAAACAAUUAGAGGUAGACUAGGUAAAAAGACAAAGCCCGUUGUGAAUCCUACAUAUGAGGAGCAGGAUUUGAGUUCUACAACGGUGAUUCAGUCCAGAAAUGACCAUGUUUACUUGCACGUGGAUACACGCAGUUAGAGUGACCACGACAUUGCUAUUAGAGAAUCUGACUUUUUUUGAUCUAGAAAAUGUGAGAGUGUGUGUUUACAGGAAUUUGUGCUCGGAAGAUAACAAUAAUCAAAUAUGCCUGUUGGUCUGAUUGUGAUAGUGUGACAUGUACUAAUGAAAAGUUGUGAGAGACAGCAACAGUUGUAUAAAAGGUAGACGUAAAAACACUUCAUAAAGAAUUUUACUAGACGGAACAGUUUGAAAGUAAGCGUGAAGACACUUAAUGAAUAAUUUUAAUGGACGGAAUUUUUUUUUAUUAGAUAUUUUAUCGUGCAAAAUUCAGAAUAAAAUGUUCAAAUC